AUGUCUGCGCGAGCCUACGAUUUCAUGGCCCUGCGCCGCCAGUGGGCCGCCAUUGAAGAAGACACCCGCACUCCCGCCGCGGUCGCCGCCAGCCGUGGCCCUACCGACGCACCCUCUGCUCCUCCUCGUGGCCAGCCGCACCAUCAACAACAAACCGAAGACAAGAACGAAGGAGAAGAAGAGAAGAAGACGAAAAUAACGACCGUUGAUGAUGAAACAAGGCGAACAGAAAAGGCGGCAGAUGAGGCAGAGGCGCAAAUCGUCAACGAUGAUCUCGCCAGCGGGGAAGACGAGGACCCGGCCAGCCUGGGAGGCAUCAGAGGUGGAGGCUAUGGCGCGCCCGAGCAGUGGAUCGCAGAAGAUGAGGAAAUCCAGAAUCCGAGUAGCGGCAAGAUGGAGCAAGAUGAUGAUGACGAUGGCGCCUGCGCGGCACGGGGCGGUGGCUAUGGGGCCGUAGAGGGAGCGGCACCAGGCGAUGCAGUCGACUACAGGUGGAGCAGCGUGUACGAGGCCUCCGACGUGUUCAUCGCUUCCCUCCAGCAGUCGGCGACCCUCUACAAACAGAAGAAGAAGAAGGAGCAGGCAAAGGGCGGUGUAAGUGAAGGCGAGGGCGAGGAGGUGAUGGAGUGGUUCGCGAAGUACUACCAGCCGGGCGAAGGCUCCAGCAGCAGCGCCUACGAGGACGACGACCAGGUGCACGCGACCAUCACCAACAAUAAGAAGAGGAGCAGGAGGACCAAGGGCAAGAAGAAGAAGAAGGUCGCCACGAAGAAAGAGGAGGAACAAAAGGGCGAGAGUGAGGACGACAAUGAUGACGAGAACGAACCGGGAGAGGCCGGCGAUGAGCGCUAUAAGGGCAAGCAGCUCGAGAUGUCGGACGCCUACGUGGACAUCGAUGAGAACAUCAAGGCCGAGCGCGAGCAUAGGAGGCAGGUGAGGAAGGAGCGCGAGGAAGCCGAGGCCGAGGCCGAAGCUUCGGCUGACAGCAGCGACGACAGCAGCAGCGGCAGCGGCAGCGGCAGGAGCGAGCAAGAGGCGAGCGAAGCUGACGAAGGCCACGAGGAUGGCGAAGACGAAGUCAAGUACGUGCUGCGGGCCGGUAUGCUGGUGGACCGGCGCAAGCACCACCUGCUGCUCGGCGGGGAGGACCCGACGACGGACGACGAGGACGUCGACCCACUGCAAGCUGCUGCCGGGGACGACUCCUCGAGCGACUCGAGCGCCGAUAGCUCGGACAGUUCGGAUGACGAAGCGCGUCAGCGGCGCAACAGGAAGAAGAAGGACAGGUGGCAGAGAGACUGGAACGAAGAGUGGCAAACAGUCUUGGGGCUGAGCGACACCAGGCAGCGGCAUGCCGAGCUGGCCCGGUUGUCCAGAGAUUUCGUUGAUACGGCGAGCAAGUACGGCCUGAUCAUCAUCUCCGAGCUCUUUCUGCCCGACGCGAAGAAGACGAUUCAACCGGCGGCUGUGGGCGGUAUAGCCGGAGGCCAGAAGUACAUCGUACGCGGCAUCUUCUUCAAGCUGGCCUUCGAUUUCAAGCUGGGCAAAUACAAUUCCGUGUGGAUGUACGGCGGCGAGAAGCGCUCCGACGAGUUUGCCAUCAAGGCCUCCGGUCAUGAGCUCAAGUCGUUGAUCAUGAUGCAUCGGGCGUGCAUACCCGACUUGCACUGCCCGCUCAUGUGCACAGUCGACUAUCGCGGCUUCCGUCUCGUCUGCUGCUCUGUGCUGCCGAUCAGUUCGUCGACGCUGUGCUACGGGUCCAACGACGGAGGCCUCACGGUGCUGAAGAAGGAAGCCGAGCUGAGUCGCAAGGUGGAGCAGGCGUGCAAGUGGCUCCAUCUCAAGCGGCACAUCGUCGGCAACAAGGAAGUCGCUCUUUACGGCCCAGGCGAUCUUGAGGGGCACAAGGGCAAAGAUGGUCGCUUCUACGUCGUCGACUUGGCGCGUCUGUUCCCGGCAGAAGCGCCGCGUGCGUCGGAGAGCCUGCGGUGCAUCUUUUACAAUCUGCUGCGGCCGGAGCUCGUGCGGUCCAACUCGGUGCCUCUCAGCUCCGACGCCUUCUCCCAGUGGGCCAAGGGCGAUCCAGAGUCGCGGGUGCACAACAUGGAGGUGCUGGAGGCCACGCGGCGGCUGCACGAGAGCGUGAUCCCGCAGUUGGCGAGCGAGCUGGAUCGCAUGCUCAAGCCUGACAACGCGCUCCAGGUCAAUUUGUCAUACGAGUUCCACCGCCGCGGAGUGAACAUGAGGCAUCUGGGCAAAGUGAGGAAGCACGCGACGAACGAGUUCACCAAGGAGUUCCUGCUCACUGAGAUGACUGCCAGGGUGUUCAAGAACAAGCUGCGGCAGCUGUUGCGCGACCGCAUGCGCCGCAUCAAGAUCUCCUACGAAGAACCCUACAAGGUGGAUUCGCGGCCCAUCGCAUGGCUCUCUUUCGUAGCGUCGCUCUUGAGCGCCAAGUUCCGUAUGAGCUUCGAAAACGACGAGGACGUGCGAGUGCUUCUCCAGCUCAACCUCUACCUCCUCAUGCGCAGGUUUGCCGACAAGGUAGGCAUCGUGCUGUCGGACCGGUUUUGGACGCACCUGCAAGGGUACAACAAGCGCUUCCAGCCUCCCCUCGUCGUGCAACCCGAUCUCGUCCAGGUCAACACGAGGAGCAAGCACAUGGGUAUCACUGAGCUCGCCGAAGCCAUGGUGUUGUACGAGGACGCCGAGGACAUCGUGCUGGAGAACCCGCCCGAGGCCCAUUCGCUUCUCCUCUCCGCAGCCGAGACGCUGCGCCACGUGAUCGCCAGCGGCUACAACGACAUCGCCUUCCAUCUCACCCUGGCCAAGACCUACCAUCGCCUGGGCCAGCUGACCCGGAACGAGACCAUCACCAUUUCGGGCAACAGGAACCAGGCCGUGAGCAACUACCUCACGCUCUCGGCCGAGGCGUUCGACCUGUGCCUCUCCAUGCCCGAUUUGCCGGCAUCGGGCCACCUGUACUACGGCAUGCUGUUGUGCACCAUGCUCAAACUGCCUCUGGCUCUCGAGCAAGUCAAGCUCGCCCUCACCAAGGACGCGUCGCUACUGCGAGAGACGAUGCAAGCAGUGGAGAAGUGGAUGUCCACGCGUGGCAGCUACCUCGAUCCGGUCGACCAGCUGCUAUUGGCGUCGUCCCUGGCCAAGGCAAGCGUGGAGGUGUUCCCUGAGUGUGCCGAAGCCUUGGUGCUGCGCGGCCAACUUCUGUGUCGCACGCUGACUUUCCGCGACUAUACGCUCUACGGCUAUGUGUGUUACGGCGACCCCAACAGCCAGACCAACGUCAAGCAGGAAAUGCUGCGCCAGGCCGCCCACCACUUCGACACCGCCUUGACCGUUUCGGAGGGCUGCCUGGACGCGAUCAUCAGCCGCGCUGUCGAAAGUGCCAACGACACUCGCCAGCAAGAGGAGCGCGCGCCGUCAGUCGCUGUGCUGUCGCUUCUGGCCCGCUCUUCCGCUCGCCUGCAGGAGGCACGUGCUGAAUACCGCCGCCUGUGUCCCACACUGUUUUUGUUGCUCAACUGCUCUGCGCGCCUGGUGCCGGCCCUGGCCGAGAUCAAGGAGAUCAGGCUCGAGGCCUACCUGGCCGGCUGCGGCUCGGUGAGCGACUGGGAGGAGGACGAGAUCACGGCCGUGCUGACGCUCCACCCAGGCCUCGAGAAGAUCCACUUCGCCAGCCUGACCUACAAGCUGACCGACGUGUGGGUCGACGAGGGCCUGCUCAAGCACGCCGACACGCUCGUGAGCCUGACCAACCUGACCGUGCCCUACAACACCACCAUGACCCACGUCACGCGCCUCACCAGGCUCCGCGAGCUGUCGAUCAUCAGGGCGCGCGACCAGCAGCUGGCCGCGUUCGCGCAGCUCACCAGCCUGCGCCGGCUCGAGCUGGGCGACAGCUGCGAUAUAACCAAGGACGACUUCGCUCUGCUGUGCCGCAACAACCCGGGCCUGGCCCACGUCGGGCUCACCGGCUGCUCGAAUCUCGACGACGAUUCACUCAGCGCACUCGCGGACCACUGCGGGGAGUCGCUGCGGUCGGUGGAUUUCAGGUCCCAGUAUUCAUUCACGCCGGCUGGUCUCGACUACCUGUUCGCCAAGAGCCCCCGCUUGCGUGUGAUGCGUCUCGGCCUGCAUACUGCUGUGUGGUGCGCGGAAACGUUCGCACACCUACCGACGGCCAUGGAGCACGUCUUCUUCGAGGACAUGGACAACGCGGCAGUGGUGCUGCAGGCCCUGCGCGACAAAGCCUUGGAGACCCUCUUCGGCGGCGGCUUGUGCACCCAGCUCACGGCCCUCGGCCUCCGUUUGAACCACCGGCUCUCCUCGGACGCGCUGACCGCCCUCGCACACGUGCCGGCCCUCACCCACCUCGACCUGGCCGAUUGCACAAGCAUCGACGAUACCGCUGCUGCGUCGCAGCACAACAAGAUCACGGGCCACAAGGACCGGAAGGACACCAUCGACAAGGCCAAUAAGGCCGACGACGACGACAACGACGACGAUGGUGAAGAUAAUGAAGGUGAGGCGACGGAUUUGGGCGAUGAGGGCAGCGGCAUCUACGCCAUUCCGGCGUCCAUCUACACGAAGGUGACCAACCGGCGACGUUCGGUCUACCACUACAACCUGGACUCGAUCCGGGAGAUGAUCCAUCAGCACCACCAGCACCAGCACCACACGACGACCAAGUCCGAUGGCGACCACGACCAACCGCAGCCGGCCCUCCCCGAAGAGAACGAAGCGCGCGAUGGCGGAAAGAGCGAAGGAAAGAACGAAGACGGAAAGGGGGAGGGGGAGAGUGAUGACGUCAUGCAGGGGACGCCGGUCAAGAUCGUGUUCACUGCGCCGUCGUCCCCGCCGGUCCCCACGCUCAACCUCAACCAGGACGAGGGCUUCCUGUCGCCCGACGCGCCCAAGGCCACGCCGCUGCCGCCGCCGUGCCACGUCAGCGUCAGCUCGACCGCGACCUCGGCCUUCGCCUCGUCGUCGCCGUCGACGUCGACCAAGACAGCGACGUCAACGACGACAGAGAGCGAAGCGGCGGCGGCGACGACGGCGGCGAGGAAUUGGCGGCGCACGGUGCACGACAAGCGGGACAAGAUGCUGCGGAUGCGGGUGAUGGACAGCAAGUUCGCGGGGCAGGCCAAGAACGUCAAGCGGGCCUUCCUCUGGUGCGAGGAGAACGUCGCGCCGGUCACGCUCGUCAAGGUCGUCAAGGCGCAGGCCUUCGCCAAGCGCUUCCUCGCCCGACGACUGCGCAAGCGUUUGCAGAUUGCGAACGAGCUGUUGGUGACCGAGAAGCACUACGUCGACAUCCUCGAUCUCCUCGUCAAGGUACACCUGUUCGUGGACCACUGCACGGGACUCGACGCCGACUUGCUGUUCAACAACCUGCCGCCCGGGCUCGAGCGGCUCGGUAGCCAGCAGAUCGUGAAGCGCGACCAGUCGCUCAAGGUGCUCGCCUUCGCCUGCCCCAAGCUCACCUCGCUCUCCCUGCGCGGCGGCGCCAUCAGCGACUUCGGGUUCAAGAUGCUCACGUCCAACCCGCCCUGCGCGCUCGCCCACCUGCGCGUGGAGGACUGCUACGACAUCUCGGACGUGGGCCUGAGUUACUUGACCGCCGGCGCGCCCAAGCUCAGGGUGCUGGAGAUGACCAGCGCAGCUAAGCUUUCCAUCAAGGCCCUGCACGAGCUGUGCAAGAGACGACCCAAGCUGCGCCUCACUCCCUUCCCCACCAUGUCUGCUCCCAUGGGCCGCCUCCUCUUCUCGCACGACCUCUAA